CUAACAACACAUCACACGUAUUCUCCCACGCAUGACUCGUAGAUAUUCCCAUUGUCGUUUCAGGCCCCCCUCUCCAUUGUUUCUUCCGUUCUCUUCAACCCCAUUUCCCCCAAAAUUCUCCCUAUUUCAACUUCUUCCAAUUGCUGCUUUCACGUUCACGGUCUACAAGGUAACGAGCGAAGAGAAUGGCGAGAAUGAGUUCUGUUUGGAGUCCAAAUCCACCAUUGGAGUUGAGUUUGCUACGAGAACUAUAGAGGUCGACGGAAAGACGAUAAAGGCUCAAAUUUGGGACACGGCGGGGCAAGAGAGGUACAGGGCAAUCACGAGUGCCUACUACCGAGGCGCCGUCGGAGCUCUUCUGGUGUACGACAUAACAAAAAGACCAACCUUCGGCAACCUCCAAAGGUGGUUGCGUGAGCUCAGGGAACACGCCGACGGUAAUAUUGUUCUGAUGUUGGCCGGAAACAAGUCGGAUCUGAACCAUCUGCGAUCGGUGGCUGAGGAAGAUGGUCAAUGUCUUGCUGAAAAAGAAGGGCUUUCGUUUCUGGAAACAUCGGCACUUGAAUCGUAUAAUAUUGAGAAAGCUUUUCAUACGCUUUUGACGGAUGUAUAUCGGAUUGUUAGUAAGAAAGCGUUGGCGGCGAAAGAAGCGGCGAUGGGCUUACCGGGAAAUGGAACCACCAUUGAUGUCGGUGAUGCGUUGGGGAACACAAAGAGAGGUUGUUGCUCUUCUUGAGCGCCAUGUUUGGUGAAGUAAAGAUUUGGUAGCAAAGCACAUAUGUGAUUUGUAUUGCAUUUUUUUUUUAAUCUUUGAUGAGGUCUUUAUAGAAAAAUGUUUUUGAAGAAAUGUUAUUGUGAGAUUAUUGACAUGCAAUUACGCAC